AUGUCAUACAUCCGAUCCCCUCAUUAUCAGCGACAUUACCAGUCAAUGGUGUUAAACCUCUGUAGCAUCUAUCCUCAUUUCGAGACAGAUAGUUUUGAUCGGGCUUACCAUGCCGAACUUGCUUCCGCCAUUUCAAAAAAUCCAACAACUGGUAUGGACUUUUGUUACUACUGGACCGACAAGAUAAUGUGGCAGAAGUUUAAAUAUUACGAUGCAUACGGCGAAUUCCCUGGCCGAUAUAGCGGUCCCGAAUACAUCACUCAAGAACAAAUCAGAGUCAACCCAAUAUCACCUACCCCACAAACUGCUCAACAAGUUCCAGGAACAGAUCCAGAUUUCGUUGAAGAGACCUUGAAAACCCCAAGCUGGCCUGAUACACGACCUGCUCAACAAACUCUGGAACAAGCCCCAGAGGUCUCCGAACUCCAAAGAACACCAGCUUCUCAAUCUGUUCAGCAGCAAGUAGACCUCAUCGCAAUGCAACCUGUUAAGCACCAUGAUCAGCAGUCUGAAGGACUAGCUCAGAAUCAUUUUGAGAAACCCCAGGAUCCACCAGCUUCUGUGCCAGUUCCAACAUCACAGAAACAGGCCCCAGAAUUGUUUGGACGCAAGGAUUCACCUAAUCCAGAGGCCAUUAAGCAGUCUCCGAAUUUCGCUUCUGAAUUCGAUUCGCAAAGCUCAAAACCUUCACCCCUUUUGGCUGCUUGGCUUGCUCUUUCUAAAGCUUCCAAUCCCAAUUCUGCGCCUACCCUCACACCGUCCGCAACUAACGCACCACUCCCUCCCCUCUUACUCCCCGACUUACUCAUCAAAGAUCCUACCACGGGUGAAGUUAUGACAGUGGAAACGUUCGAGCGUCGAUGCAUUAGGCGUGGUGCCGAUAUCGCAGUCAAACAUGUCAAAACCGCUAUUGACGAGACGGCUCGUAUAAGCAAAGCCAAACUCCAUGGGAUGCUGGACAAGGCACUUACUACUAUUGAUCAGUAA